UUGUGCGCCUGCGCAGUUCUGAUCUCCCGGACUAAGCUAGCUGUAGGGGAAUCAGUGCUGAACAGUGUUUAUUAUAACAUUAUAUAAUAACGUCACGAUUUACUUCGGUUUUUUUUCACUUAUGCGGUAAUUCUGAUGUCAGAGAUGGAAAUCGGGACAGAAAUCAGCAAGAAAAUCAGGGCGGCCAUCAAAGGGAAGCUACAGGAGUUGGGAGCGUAUGUGGAUGAAGAGCUCCCUGACUACAUCAUGGUGAUGGUGGCAAAUAAGAAGAGCGCUCAGCAGAUGGCUGAUGAUCUCUCACUGUUCCUGGGCAGCAACACCUACAAGUUCACUGUGUGGUUACAUGGAGUGCUGGAGAAGCUCCGAUCAGCUGCAGUGGAGCCCGCCCCUCUCCGGCCUAAACACCCCCCCUCUGAGACCAGCACGUCCAGCCGAGACGAACGCAAAGGGGAGGAGCCUCGAGCGCUCACGGUGUCCAGCUCACGCUCUGAUCGGCUUGAAGGACGAGUGUCUAGCUCCGCCCACGAGCACCAUAGCAGGAGAACGUCCUCAGAGCGCUCGUCCUCCAGACUGACCUCCACCGUGAAGCCUCUGCCCGAACCCUCAGCCGAAGCCGUCAUCGACAUCAAACCCGACCUGGAGGACGACGACCUCAUCGCCGUCGACACGAGGAUCGCGACCUCCGUUAAGCCCCGCCCUUUAUCUUCCCGCUCAACCACGCGGGGUUCGGGAAGAUCAGAGGAGAGCUACCGGUCGUCUGAGGUCAUGAGAGGUCAGGAAAGGUCGAGCGCUGUUUACGAGCGGAGCUACAGACAGGGGAACAGCAAGCAGGAGGACGUCUCGCGUAAACGGAAAGCCCCCGUGGCGAGCUCUGUGGUGCGGAUUCAGAAAGGGCACGAGCAGGUGUACGAGAGCGAGGAGGACGAGGAGGAGGAGUACGGCAUCCCCAGUCGCGUCUCCCUCCCGCCCAAACCAGAGCGCAAACCGUCCCUCCCUCCAGCGAAGCAAGCCAAUAAGAAUCUGAUCCUGAAGGCCAUUUCUGAGGCUCAGGACUCCAUCAGCAAGACCACAGCUGUGUACACCCUCCCCCAGAGACAGAUGGUUCCCGUGGCUCCUCGAACGCGCCUGGCGAGCGACGAGAUGAACAGAGCCGCCAUCCGAUUGGUCCAAGAGCACCUGCAUGAGCUCCUCCCACAGGAAGCACAACCACUCGCCCACCCAAACGUCCCUUCUCGGUCUUUGGCGUCGCGACUGCAGCAGGAUCUCCCAGACGACGAGAGCAGAGAGCAGCAGUUUGAGCUGCAGCUGCUGGAGACGGCGAGACUGAAGUCUCUGGACACUCGCUCCUUCAUCACCAGAAGACCAGAGCUGGAGCAGAACCCGCCGAUCCGGAGCCGACUGGACGCCGCCCAUCAGGAGGAGGCCCCGCCCACCGCUCCACGUACCGUGCAGGCCAGAGAGAAGCCCGAGUGCAGUCCGAAGUUCAUCGUGACGUUGGACGGCGUCCCGAGUCCCCUCGCCGGUCUCGCAGAGCACGACGUGGACACCGACUCCGCCCCCGUGACCUUUGACCCCUCGGCCGAGGACGCCCCGCACAAACUGCUGCACGCCGGCAUGACCCCUGACCUCUCGUACGACGAUGAGGGGAUGAUGUUGGAGGGAGAGGAGCAGAUGGAGGACGAGCCGGUCCAGGCCAAGAGACAGAAGGUUCUGGAGCGCUGCAGGUUCUGGCCGGCGUGUAAGAGCGGAGACGAGUGUGUGUACCACCAUCCUACAACACAGUGCAGGACAUUUCCCAGCUGUGUGUACGGAGAGAAGUGUCUGUUCAUCCAUCCUAACUGUAAAUACGACAGCAAGUGUUCCAAACCCGACUGUCCCUACACACACGUCAGCCCCAGAGCGCUGCAGCAGCCUCCUGCACCAGCAGCAGCAGCUCCUGCUCAGUCCAGCAGUGUGUGUCGGUUCUUCCCCAAGUGUAAAAGGACAGACUGUUCAUUCUACCAUCCCAAACCUUGUCGCUUCGCAGCACACUGUACCCGUGCCGGAUGCACCUUCUACCAUCCGCCUGCCCUGGUGCCGCCCAGACACGCCCUCAAGUGGAGUAAAGCACAGGCCAGCUGAACAGGACGCUCGUCUCCAGCACCGCCGAACCUCAGGAUCUUUUUCUUUAGUUUUUAAUUCUAUUUUUGAACGUGUGUGUUUUUGUAGACCACCUCACCUCGUUUACUGUAUUAAAGACGACUUUAAACAAA